AUGCCUGACGAGAUCAAGAUGCAAGUUCGCGGCCAGUUGUCGACGAACUACCACUUAGAGGACCUCAACGAGGAGUCGAUGGCGUACGUCAACAGACUCUUCGGGGGGUCGAAAUUCCUAGAGAUCAACGUCUUUGGUGACGUUUAUGUUCGACCUGGGAAUGAGUUGGCCGAGUCCCUUCAUAUUUUGACGCAGACGUUGGAUCAGACUCUUGGGAGGAGGCCGGGAACAUAUUAUACGGGGAUGGGGAAUGCCCGACAGAGGGAACCUCGACCGCGGUCAUCGUCACAGGCAAACAGUCAGGUGACUAUUUUGACAUCGCGGGUUGCCGAGCUUGAGGGUCAGAUGUCGGUGAUUCUGCAGUCCCUCGCGCGGUCCGGUAUUCCAAUCCUGAAUUUUGGUGCGUCAACCUCCGAGCCUGUCCACCCCGAGCAUCCCCAGCAGACCACGGCCUCUGCAGACGCCCAGACCUCCGAGCUGCAUGUGGCAAAUGACCAAUUUUGUGCUGCCCAAGCGAACUUGAUCAACGUGAUUAUUACAUUUGCAAUCCAUACACCAAGAAAUGGGUUGCUCUUCCUCCCCCUCCUCGAAUCCAUAAUUGGGUGGAGGGUUGUGCGACUACGUCAAGAGUUCUAUGUGGACAUCUUCUUUUCUGAGACCGGUGAAUGGAGAGAGUCCGCUAAUGUGGUAUGUGGCCUACGAAAUUAUUUUGAUAUCAUAACUGCUGGCGUUGCUUGCAAUGGGAAGUUGUAUUUUUCAGGUUCCGAUCAUGCAUCCUCCUAUAUUCUGGAGUUGGAUCCCUUCCAAGGUAUCAGUAAUAUCAGUACUAGUAAUGGUGAUGGUGAUGGCGAUCAUAUUAUUGUUGACAAAUGUCGGUUCAGUCUGGCACCUCUUGAUAUGUCGUCUAAAGUGCGAGGAAAUUCCCUUUCGAUGUAUCGGGUUCUUGGUGCAUGUCGAGGGCAUUUGCGGGUGACCGAGUUUGUGCUUGGUAAUCAUUUGAGUGUCUGGGAGUUGGAUGCAGGCGAUGAUAAUUUGAAAUGGCGUUUGGUGGUCGACAAAGUUCCCUUCUUCGAGUUGGAUUCCUCCUAUUAUGAUGAUGUUUCUUUGACGCCUCUAGAUCAGUGUGCAAAAUUUGCGAUAGGUUUCCACCCGAGUAUUGAGGAUACCAUCUACGUAGAUGCUAUGAAAAUUAUCAGGUGGAACUUUGGUGCAAGAAUGUUUGAGUUUGUUCCAGAGAUUCGAAGUCGGGCCAUGCGUUGGAAUCUCAAUUUCAUCCACCCAUUUGUGCUCCCAUGGUGGCCCACACCCGUUCCUAGCCUCUAAACUAUUCUACUAUAGCGAAAAGUGUGUAAAGCUCUAGCUCUGACUCUAGCUUUGAUGCAUGACCACCUUCUUCCAUUCUCUGGUUACUGGCUCCUUUGGCUUUGGCUUGUGUUUUCCCUUGAUUGAUGUGUUCGUAUUGGUGCUUUGAGGGUUUCGAUUUUGGUGUAGUAGGUGAUUAUUGUGUGACUAUCUUUGUAUUUGCGCUGGUUUUUUUUUUUUUUUUUUUCAUUGGUGUUUAUGAUAUUUGGUAGUCAAACUCUCCAUAGUCUUUAUUGUUAUAUAUGGGUGAGUGAAUUUUGGGGAGAGCAUGUCUUACUGCGAAAAUAAGAUGAAUGUCAGAUUUUUUUUACAUAAGCGUAA